AAGCAAAAACAAAAUAAUGUGGUGGGUUGACAUCAUUCACUCACGGAACUAUGGGUUCCGCACGGACAUUUUAGUUUACAGGAACUUCCGUUUUCCGGUCAAUCAGUUUCCCCGGGCUUGAGUUUGUUUACAUGCUGUUCCAUGUUGAAUAAAAGACCAGCUUUGUAUUUUUACACACUGCCUCGGACUCCCGUCUCUCGGAACUUCAAUGGCGAUCAAUAUUGAGAAGGAAAAUUCAGUUAAAUCACUCAAAGAAACCCCUUUUGAGGGGAGGACACUGGAGGAAAAGCUGAGAGUAAAAAAGCUUGGUCCUGAUUGGCCCGACAUCGCCAUUAGGCAGGAGUCAAAGGACAGACGUAAGCAUUUUCAUCGCUGUUUCUCAAGGAGCUGGUUUAGCAAAAAGGCUUGGCUAACUGGCUGUAGCGACACCAACACUUUAUUUUGCUUCCCCUGCCUCCUUUUCCGGACUUCUAGAUCAGACCUAGCAUGGACUCAGAAAGGUGUUAAUGACUUAAAACACCUAUCAGAGAAAGCAAAAAAGCAUGAACAAAGUAAAGUCCACAUGGAAAAUGCUAUGCAACUAGCCAUGUUUGGAAGAGUAAACAUAGCUGUCCAACUCGACGAAGACUACAGGAUAGGCAUCCGUAAGCAUAACGAGGAGGUGGACAAAAACCGGCACAUCCUUUCUAAAAUAAUAGACUGUGUCAAGUUCUGUGGUGCCUUUGAGCUUGCCCUGCGUGGACAUGACGAGAGUGAAAGCUCAGAAAAUCCUGAUAUUUUUAGAGGGUUGGUGGAUUUUGUUGCAUCACUGGAUGUGGUUCUAAAAGAGCAUCUGCAGACUGCCACUGUGUUUAAGGGAACAUCUAAGACAAUACAAAAUGAGCUCCUUGACUGUAUGCUAUCAGUUUUGAGAGAGUGCAUUUUGGAAGAAAUCAGGAGUGCAGACUUUGUAGCCAUCCAGGUUGAUGAAACAAUGGACAUUUCCACUCAGUGUCAACUCGUCCUUGUGAUCCGUUACAUUGACAAAGCCCAUGAUGUGCAAGAGAGGUUUUUUGAGUUUAUAUCUCACCAGAGUGCCACAGCUGAUUCCAUCGCCACUGCGCUUCUGGAUAGGUUGAGCUCCAUUCUCCCUGAUGACCAGAAGAGCAAGCUCAUUUCCCAGGCAUAUGAUGGUGCAAGUGUCAUGAGAGGAACCACAGGUGGUGUACAGAAGAAGGUUCAAGACGUCUAUGUGAAUGCACACUAUGUCCACUGCUAUGCUCACCAACUAAACCUCAUCAUGCAGCAGGUGACAUCUCACAUCACCAGAGUGAGACAGUUCUUCUCUGACCUGGGUGGAAUCUCUGGUUUCUUUGCUAGAUCUCCCAAGAGAACCAACGUGCUCGAUAAAGUGGUGGCCCACAGACUCCCAAGAGCAUGCACGGUGAGAUGGAACUUCCACAGCUGUACUGUGAAGACUGUGUUUGAGCACAAAGAUGACCUCCUCCAGUGUUUUGAAACCAUCAGGGACUCCGGCGAGUUUGAUCCUAACACUACGAGAGAAGCUGGAGGCUUUGUGAGAAUACUGGAGGAUGAUACCUUCCGUUUCUUCCUGGAACUGUUCCAUCGCAUCAUGCCACAUGUGGAUGUUCUCUACAACCAGCUCCAGAAGCGGACCGUCAACUCAGUCUUUGUUCAGGGAAUCAUGCAGGAGUUCACCGACAACGUUAAAAAGAUCAGAGAUUCCCUCCCUACUUUCUGUGGAGAACACAGCAGCUGUGCAUCUCAGCAGCAGCUGGGCAAGAAACGACGCACACUGGGCCCAGGUGAACUUCAGAUGCUCGCUACAGAGGUUUGUGACACUAUCUUGGGCCAUACCAAACAGCGGUUCUCCUUCACCAAGCACCUGAUCAGUGCUACACUGCUGCAGGGAGACAAAUUCCAGCAGUACAACUGCCAUUUUCCUGAAGAAGCACUGGACACCACGAUGGAGGCUUACCCACUGCUGAACCAGAGCAAGCUGAAAAACGAACUGUCACUCAUCUACAGCAACGAUGAGUUUAAGAACUGCAGGGGUGCUGUGGCUCUGUACCAGCUCUUCAUGCAGAACAAUCUUCAGGACACCUUUUCGGAGACUGUGGCACUGCUGAAGAUCCAGAUCACCACUCCCAUGACCACAGAUGAAUCUGAGAGGUGCUUCUCAACGCUGAAGAGAAUCAAGACCUUCCUCAGGAACACAAUGUCCCAGGAUCGUCUCAAUGCCUUGGCCAUGCUUUCUAUGGAGAGAAAACUUGUGAAAGACAUGCCUGACUUCAACCACAGAGUCGUGGACAAAUUUGCGUCCCUCAAGGGCAAAAUUUAUGUACAGAAAAUAGGUGCAGUUUUGGUAUAGUCCCACCUGGAAAAAGAUGCACCAGCCGCCAAUGUUCAGUAUCUUUGAGUGAAAAGUCUCGUCAUCUAUUGGAUAGAUCUGUACACACAUUCAUUUACCAUUCAGGAUUCAUUGCUUAAGUGAUUCCUAAUCCUUUCAUUUGGCGUCAUCCAUGUCAACAUUUCUAUUUGUCCAUUAUUUAGUUUUUUUGACCAGAUACCUGUAGUUCCCAGGGUCCUCACUGUAAGGGAAUGGUUAUUCAAAUGUGAUUCUAAUUGUUGAAAUGGAUUAAGCCCCUUUGGUAAUACCAGUCUGAAGUCAGGGAAACAGUCUAUCCUGCACAUUUGAGGCACCUGUUUGAAGUUGUGGAUCAAAGGCCUUAAGAUGUAUUUGGAACAUUUGGACAUUUGCUGUAGGGAAAAAAGCAAGGAUGAGAACAUACUGUAGAUGUUUCUCAGUCAUUUGUCUUAAGAGGACAUUUAACUGCGGAAUAUAGGAACCUGCAAACAUACGCUUGAAUGCUACAUAGCACGCUAAAAUAAAAUGAAAAUGCACUGCAUUGUGAUACUGUUUCGGGCACAUCUGUGGGAAUUCUGUGUUGAACAAGAAAAAUCAUAAAAAUAUUUGUGAAAAGAAAA